AGAGAGAGACGACGAAGGUUGGGGCGCGGAACUAGAGCGGGAUAAGGCGGGCAAUGCGGCGAUCUCUGCGCUGUGUUCCGAUCUGCCGCACCGUCGCUGUUGCCUUUAUAUGGGGGGAGGUACUUUCGUCGAUGGCGUCCGUCGCUGGUUCCAGCGCCGUUCCACGCGCUCCGAUAUCGCCCCCUCCUCUUCCCUGAGCGAAGAACCGGGCCCCGCCACCGCCGCCGCCGUCGCCGACGAGGUGGCGGACAAGGAGCAGAAGGAGGACCGGCUCCCCCUCGUCGAGGUCUUGGAUCUCAUUAGCCUCCCGCUCCUCCGAGUCCCCAGACGAUCCCGAAUGACCGGGACCGACUCUCACAAGAAGAAGGAGAUGAAUCGAUUAAUUGGGGUUUCUCUUUAUAUUGGAAUCUAAGUGGGGGAUUCCGCGAAGGAGGAGGUGGGGCUCUCGCAAUUAGAAUUCUUCUUGUUCUUUGGGUUUGUUCAAGUAGAGAGCACCACAUCCAACAAAAAACAAAAAAAGAGGAAGAGAGCACCACCUCCUUCUGAUCUUUGAGCAUGCUUGACAAGGAGUUCUUCACGGAGUAUGGUGAAGCAACCCGAUACCAGAUACAAGAAGUCAUUGGCAAAGGAAGCUAUGGGGUGGUUGCCGCUGCGGUGGACACUCACACAGGCGAGAGAAUGGCAAUCAAGAAAAUUAAUGAUGUAUUCGAGCAUGUUUCUGAUGCCACUCGCAUUCUAAGGGAGAUCAAGCUGCUCAGGCUGCUCCGGCAUCCUGACAUCGUAGAAAUAAAGCAUAUAAUGCUUCCUCCUUCCCGGAGAGAAUUCAAGGAUAUAUAUGUUGUUUUUGAGUUGAUGGAGUCAGAUCUUCACCAAGUAAUCAAGGCAAACGAUGACCUCACACCAGAACAUUAUCAGUUUUUCUUGUACCAGCUCCUUCGAGCUCUGAAGUAUAUCCAUACAGCUAAUGUGUUUCACCGUGAUUUAAAGCCCAAGAAUAUACUUGCCAAUGCUGACUGCAAAUUGAAAAUUUGUGACUUUGGGCUCGCACGAGUAUCAUUUAAUGAUACUCCAUCAGCUAUUUUUUGGACCGAUUAUGUGGCAACAAGGUGGUAUCGUGCCCCUGAACUAUGUGGCUCUUUCUUCUCCAAAUAUACCCCUGCUAUCGAUAUUUGGAGCAUAGGUUGUAUAUUUGCAGAAAUGCUUACAGGAAGACCGUUAUUUCCUGGAAAGAAUGUGGUGCAUCAGUUGGAUCUAAUGACUGAUCUACUUGGCACUCCUUCACCUGAAGCUGUUGCUAGGAUUCGGAAUGAAAAGGCUAGAAGAUAUUUAAGUAGCAUGCGCAAAAAACCUCCUGUUCCUUUCUCGCAGAAGUUCCUCAAUGCAGAUCCAUUGGCGCUUCGUUUACUAGAGCGCUUGCUUGCAUUCGAUCCUAAAGAUAGGCCUACAGCCGAACAGGCAUUGGCUGAUCCAUACUUCCAAAGUCUGGCUAAUCUAGACCGCGAACCAUCAACUCAGCCCAUAUCCAAACUUGAAUUUGAGUUUGAGAGGAAGAAAUUGACAAAAGAUGAUGUCAGAGAAUUGAUUUAUAGAGAGAUUUUGGAAUAUCAUCCUCAGAUGCUGCAUGAGUAUCUUCGAGGUGGAGAACAGACUAGCUUCAUGUACCCAAGUGGGGUUGAUCGUUUUAAGCGACAAUUUGCACAUCUUGAAGAGCACUAUGGCAAGGGAGAAAGAAGCACUCCACUUCAGCGGCAGCAUGCCUCUUUGCCAAGAGAGAGGGUCUGUGCUUUGAAAGAUGAAACUGCUGAUCAAAAUAAAGAUUUUGAGAAAAGGACUGCAGCUUCAGUUGCUCGCACUACCUGUCAAAGCCCUCCGAGGUCACGCCAAUGUGAGGGAUCUGAGCAUGCAUAUGCUGCAGAAAAUGGCAUAAGCAAACCAGACUGUAAUGCCCGGAGCUUGAUAAAGAGUGCUAGCAUCAGUGCUUCCAAGUGUGUAGUUGUCAAUGGAAGAAGGGAGUUAGAAGAGGAGUCUAUUUCGGAGCACACAAAUGAGGUGGUUGAUGGAUUGUCACAUAAUGUAGCAGAGUUGUAUGCCUAACAUUGUGAAAGUCUUGAGAACAUUUACUAGGUUACUGAAACCUUUGUCAACCAUCAUUAUUGGGCUAUAAGCUCCGUAUCAUGCUCAACAUGGUUAAUUUUUUAAAGAGUUCGGGUUUCAGGUCAGGUAUGAGUUUCCAUGAUACCAAAGCAUUACUUGUUUUUGUUUCUAUUGCAAGUUAUCAGAAGUCAGAAUGUUAAUAUGGCUAUAUAUUAGUUAUUUAGCGAUGUCAGGAUUCCUCACUCAGUCUGCUGAUUUUUUUUUUUGGUCAUGUAUACCGUCUAAAAACUUUGGUAACGAAGGAGCAGCAAACCUGUAAUUGUUGAAACUGGCCAUAUUGCUGUAAAAGAAUUGUCAGUCUACUUGGUAAAUCUGAAAGCAUGACAAAUAUUUUUGACAUGUUAUUAUAAU